ACAAAAUAAAAUCGUCAUAAAACAAAGUAUGCUUUGGAUGUUUGACUAUUUUAAUUUGAAUUUUAACUGAAUAAAAAUGUUUGGCAUACACAAAAGAAUUAUAUUAUGCCAUCAAUUAAAUUUUAGUAUUAAGCCCUUCUUGAAAUGCUCGUCAUUCCUCCCAGAACUUCUUAACCAUCAUUUGCCUCAGAGAAGAAGUGUCUCUUCGAGCUGCCACCCCUUGGAGUACGAAUUGAUUGAACAGGAGCACUAUGACCAGGUGCUGGAGCACCUGCGCCGGAACUUCUUCCUCGACGAGCCCACAAAUAAAGCCGCCGACUUGUGCCAGAAUGGAAGCCCUUGCACCCACCCCGAGCUAGAGCAGAAGGCUUUAGAGACCAUGCCGGAUCACUUGAGCCUGAUGGCUGUGGAGACGCAACAAGACUGCAGUAAGAUAGCCGGCGUGGUGCUAAACGGCAUCUUAAGGGAUGGCGACACGGUAAAGGCUCUAAAAGAUCUAGACCGAAGCUGCGAUCUUGGUUACCGAAAGAUGUUUACUAUGAUUUACAGUUUCAACAUCAAAAACGAUCUAUUCAAGGAAUUCGCCGUGGACCGUAUCUUCGAUGUGCGCGUCCUAUCGGUGGACUCAAGCUACCGCGGUCGUGGCAUUGCCAAUGAGCUGGUGAAGCAAUCGGUGGCGUUGGCCAAACAGAAGGGUUUCUCUUUGUUGAAGACCGAUGCCACAGGUAUCUUCUCCCAGAAGAUAUUUAAAUCCCUUGGCUUUGAAGUAUUCGCCGAGCAGCCAUACGACAAGUACAUGGAUGACGAUGGUCAGAUAAUCCUGCCAGUGGAGGCGCCGCACACUAAGCUACAGCUGCUCUAUAAGAAAAUGUGCAAAGGAACCGAGAAUGAGCAGGGCAAGAAGUAAGAGGAGUAGCAGGGAAUGAAACAAUAAUAUAUUUUGUAUUUUCUGCAGAUAAAAUUAUGAAUAUUGGAAAAAAAAGUAUAGCUACGGAUAAUAUUAGCUUAAAAUAAAUAUACCUUUUUCUUAAAACAUUG